UAUAUGCUUAUGAUGUACCCAUAUUCAUAUAAAAUGCAGUAUUUCAUUUGUAAAUUUUUAAGUUCACUUAUCUAGGUCAUAGGAUUGCUAAUAUACAAUUUAAUAUUGUUAGGAAUGAUUAAGUAACACUCAUUCAAAUCAUUUAAAUCAGAGAAAAAAAAAUAUUGAGUUUAAUUUAUUAUUAAUAGUGUCUUGGAAAGGGCACAGACUGACU